UAGAGCGCGGCCUUAUAUAUAUUAUGGUCGCAUAUUUACAGAGUUAAAGCGGACCUUCACUAGGAUCGAACUCUCGACAUCCGAUAAACAGUGCAGAAAUUAUAGUAAAAAAAAACGAGUUGAUGUUUCUGACAAGAGAUGAUGCAUAGAAUAAUCUACCUGUUGAUGUUUAUAGCAGUGAUCAGAGCUCAGACUCCCGGGAGGCCGAGAGGGGAUGCAGUAACAAAUUUUAAGCCAAGUCUUUCGGUUGUGGUUGGUGUUCUUGCUGUUAUGUUUACCUUGACAUUCAUUUUUCUUCUUUGUGUCAAGUUUUGCCGCCACCACUCAUCUGUACAAAAUCAACUGAAUCAAGGAAGAUUUGCACAAUCAAGGUCUCGAAAUUCUGGAAUCGAUAAGACAGUAAUUGAAUCACUCCCUUUUUUUAAAUUUUGUGUGCUUAAAGGGUCAAGACAAGGGCUUGAAUGUGCUGUAUGUUUGUCAGAGUUUCAAGAUAGUGAGAUUCUUCGGUUACUUCCAACCUGUAGACACGCUUUUCACAUCACUUGUGUUGAUCAGUGGCUCGAGAGACAUUCGAGCUGUCCACUCUGCAGGCACAGAGUGAGCUCCGAGGAUCUUGCAUUGAUCACAUAUUCAGAUAGUUUGAGAUUGUUGAUGAACCCAUCAGACUUGAGACAGGACUCGAAUUUGGAACUUUUUGUGCAACGGGAGGAAGAUAAUAACUAUUUUAGCCGGGGGAGUAGCUUUAGAAAUAGUAUUCGAGAUGAAGAAGUGGCAAUCCAGAAAAGAAGUGACCAGAGUGAAGAUUCCAGAGGGGUUUUGCAUAAGAAAAAUCAUAAAAUCAUCGUCGCUGAUGUUGUCCUGCUCCAGAACAGAUGGAGCAGUGUGAGUACUUCAGACCUUCUGUUUUUGAAUUCGGAGAUGAUUAGUGAAGCCUCUAGCAAUAGAUUCCCUUCUAAGGAAGUGAAGUACAAAAAUUUUGCAAGGGCGAGAGAUGGACAUGGGCGAAAUGGUAAAAUUUCAUUUACAGGAGUUGCACAAAAUGCAGUUAAGAUAUCCGACUUAGAUGAGAAGAGAUCAAUGUCAGAAAUAAUAGUGCAUCCAAGGUUUUUAGCAAGUACUAGAACAGAUGAACCACUGAGCAGCAAAAUUAAUGGAAAUGAGGAAAGACAAAGGAAGCUAUGGCUACUAAUUGCUAGAAGAACAGUUGAAUGGUUUGCCAAUAGAGAAAGAGGAUCUGAGCUGUCCGAAAAUACUAUACAAUCUCAUGAUAUAUAAUAAAUUCUUCUUUUCCUCGGGUU